GCACCUCGACCCAGGCCUCAGCUCUUAAAUGCACCUACUGGACGAGAUCUGAUGUUAUCCUGACAGAUAAUCGAAUACAAUUUCCUUCUUCUUUAUCCCUUUUUGUUAUUCUCACUCACAUACCGUCCGCAAUGAUGAGAGUGCUGGCAGGACUAUCGCUUCUCGGAUUAGCGAGUGCCUGCGGAGUUUUAGUUCAUAACGAAGUCUUCCAACGUUCCGCAGAUGUAUUCGCCCUCCCGACCUCGAACGAGGAUAUCUCCACCCACCAGGGAGUCUUCUCUCGACUACUAAAGAUCCACACAGAGUCCGUACAGGCAGGCGCCUUCUUUCCAGACUGGGGCUACCAAUGUCUCAACACCAACGACGAUGCAGAAGCUGCGCACUGGCCGCCCUUCCUCAUCGCUAGCGUCGAGCACAUAAACUCUCGAUACGGCAGUCUGACCUCCAAGCAGCGCACGCCGGAAGAGCAGGAGCAUCUGGAGAAGCUUAUUGGGUUUGUGUUCGCCGUUGCGAGUCAUCAGGUGGCGGAUGCGACGUGGCAUGCUAUCCGCCUCCCCACGGCAUUUCUAAGCGCGCUAGCGGGCGUGGACUUUGAUGGGGAUGAGGCUGCCGCGCAUAGGGUUUUGGAUUUCGGCGGGGAUGUGGUGCUUUCUUCUAGGAUUGCGCGGAAUGGGGAGGACGGGAAAGUUUGGAUUGGGGAUAGGUGGUGGGUCCCUGUCGAGGAUCUUGUAGCCAUUUAUUCACGCAUUGGGCGGGAUGUUUCGAGCUUUGUUAUGAGGUAUUGUACUAUGCGGGGGUUGGCAGCACUGAAGAGUAGGUAUGAUACAGUCGCGUCAGAUUCGCCAAUGCUCACAGCGGAACUGGACGGGUACUACCUUGGUGGUAUCAACGAGAUGGCCGCAAGGUCAGUUACUUGCUGGGCAAAUUUGACAAAAUGGAUUGCCUUCGGGAUAGACAAAGAGGAGAAAUUGAUGAACGGCUGGGGGGUUUGCGACGUCUUCCGCGCGAUUCAGGCAAGAGGGGGUGCUGGCAGCUCCUUACAUGGCGAGUAUAGAGAACGGAAGAUGACCGGUAAGAGAAUGAGAAAGUACCCCGGCGGGAUAACCUUCACGAAGGAUCGAUUUGGCGCCGAGAGCUAUCACAUCCCGGGCAUGCACCCUCCGAGUGUGGAGAAACCAAUGUCUUUGAAGCUCAGUCAGGACGCACCGAAGCUUCGUGAUCCGAUUUAUACUUCGGCAUAUCAAUUCUACUCGCACUUUGGUGCAUCGCUGUCAAUUGGGGAGUUCUCUCCGUUCGAUGACGGCCAGGCGAUCGCUAUAGGUGCGCCCUGGGAAUCUACAGACUCUUCAAAACCGGGGGAAGGGAACGUCUACAUCCUGCCAUUAAAAGACUUUGCAAAGCCCACUCUCCAAUCGGUUCCCAAACCUCUCCCGCUAGUCAAGCAACCUACUGCAUCUACAGACCAGCGAUUCGGAAUCUCUACCACGCCUUGGAGAAUAAUGAAUACCACGUUCCUGGCCGUGGCAGCAGCUGGACCUUUGACCUAUGACCCUAGCACACCCCCGUCACUUCCCUUCCAGGGCACCUCCCCGGCGGGGAAAAUCCACGUCUUCCCAAAGGGCAGUGGGUCAAGUGUAUUCUCUAUAACCUUUAAGGGUGCGGAACUGGGCAGCAUCGGGCGGAGGUGGUGGGGAGAGACCAUGCUAUCAGCCGAUCUCGCCGGCGACGGUGAAGAAAAACUGAUAGUCUCGGGAUCGCGCAGCGACGGGCUACGUAUCUGCGAGGGUAGAGGGAAAGUGCAAUUCGGUGAGGGUGAAAUUGCGGUCAUUUCCCCGUCCCGAUCUUCCUCUUCCCCCUCCUCUUCGGACCAACCCAUACACGUAGAAUUAUCAGAGGGCCAGGACAUACUCCUAAAUGCAACGAUCCUCUCCCUCCCAGAAAGCGCAAAAGCAACCCCGUGCUCCAAAACCUCCACGUACGAAAACUUUGGCGCGGCAAUUGCCUUCUCCGCACAUUCCCGCACCCUCUUCAUCAGCGCGCCGGGAACCUCUAGCGUAUUCGCCUACCGCUGGAACCCGAUAUCCUCUUCUCUCAAACACGUAUACACAAUCCCAGCGCCACGCGCCCCACGCCCCUUCCUCCCGUCCUCCUCAUCCUCUCGGGGUAACUUCGGUGCUACUGUGACCGCCGGCUACACCUCUGGCAUAGAAUGGCUCGCCAUUUCCGCUACGAACGAGGACGUGGAUGGUGUUAAGCAGUCUGGUGUACUUAGACUAUACACCCUCUCCCAGACUGGUGCGGAACUAGUCGCGGAAGUAGCCCCCGAACCGACGGGUGCGGAGUGGGCACGUUUCGGCAAGGCCCUUGCAAAGGAUGGGGACAGCGGGCUAUGGAUUGGCAGUGAAUUCUGGGAUGCAGGACGGGGCGCGGUUUGGUGGCUUCAUGUUGGGAGGGUACUUGACGGGGAGCGUGUGGUUGCUCGUGCUCAAGUUGUACUCAAAGAGCAGGAAGAAGCCGUUAAGAAAAUCUCUCUUAAACCCGUCAGGGUCGGCCAGGAAGCUAAUGCACGCUUCGCUACAUCAAUCGCAUCCGGUGCCAACAGAGAAUUAAUCGUUGGAAUACCACGCGCGGGAGUCACGCAUCCGCUCCAGAGCGAGAGGUUUUUUGGGUAUGUGGCGUUCUUUGGGAGGGUGGGGUAGGGCAGGUUUGGGUGAUGUAGGUGGAUAGGGGACGGGGUGUAAUGGAUUGAUCUAUCACAGUAUUGAAAUUUGAAUAGUAUGAUACCUCCAUGAUAUAUAGCGCUUUCCCGUUUUGUUUUUACAAUAAAAAAACAACAUUGUCCUAGAACGAACCCAGAA